UCUCAGUUUCCGUUCGAGUCUCACCCACACGAUAGGUCAAAUCUUUAAAAUUCUGUAGUGAUAAAUAGUGUUUUCUUGUUUCCCUUUUUAAAAAUCCUUUGUUUUGUCUAUGAUGGCCGCCAAAUCCCAACGAAAUACACAGACGGCAAACGACCGGAAUCGGGAUACUCCCUUUACGCCGGUGCGCCGAUUGGUAAUCCCACGACCGGAUAUCCUGCAUUCGUACCUGGAGUACAAGCAAAUUAACCAGUAUAUGGAGUACCUGGCCCAGCGGUAUCCCCACUUCGUGCACAUGUACACGUUGGGUCAAACGCACGAGAAGCGCGAAAUUCGAGCCCUCGAGAUCAACUGGAUGAACUCGGAUAACGUCGAGUUGUCCUCACAAAUGCGUGAGCAAUCACCGCCGCCAUUUGUGGCCAACGGACGAUCCAAGGCUCCGGCGGUCCACACGGGCGAGCACUGCCGGAAAACGGUCUUCAUCGAGGCGGGCACCCAUGCCCGCGAGUGGAUCAGCAUCUCGACGGCCCUCAAUUGCAUCUACCAGCUGACGGAGCGCUACACCAGGAACAUAGAAGUCCUGCGAAAGCUGCGCUUCAUCAUUGUGCCUCUGGUCAAUCCCGAUGGAUACGAAUACUCCCGCACCAAGAAUGUGAAUUGGCGCAAGAACCGGCGACCCCACAAAUCCAGCAGAUUUGUGGGAACUGAUUGCAACCGCAACUACGACAUCUUUUGGGGCAGCGGACCCAGCAAGAUAAACCGGAACACGUAUAAGGGCGAACGUGCCUUCUCCGAGCCGGAGACGCGGGCGAUACGGAACAUACUUGACCGGAUGAGUCCCAACCUGCUGUUCUUCCUGUCGCUGCACUCGUAUGGCCAGAGCAUCAUGUAUCCAUGGGGCUACUGCCGUGAAAGUCCGCUCUACUGGAGGGAGCUGAGCUCCUUGGCCAACUCCGGGAAGAGUGCCAUUAAAUCGUACAACGGACGGGAGUACCGGACGGGAAGCAUCAGCUGUCUCACCAAGCGCACCAUAGCCGGAUCCGUUGUGGACUAUGUGUACGGAGUGCUGAAGGUGCCGAUGGCUUUGGUGAUGGAGCUGCCCUCGCGGGAACUGGGUUUCCAGCCGCCCGUGGAGAUGGUGAGUCAAAUCGGCCACGAAAGCUGGUACGGCAUCCGGGAGAUGUGCAAGCGAUCCUAUGACUUGCGACUCCAAAUCAAGCGCGAGAAUGAGCCACCAUUGCCCCGUCCGGCUCACUACGAGUCGCCGCAGCCCAGUAACGAGGGCAUGGCCACUGAAAGUCCGUCCCCGACCACGGAGGAGUCUACGGCUGGUGGUGAUUGUGCCAAGACCUUGACCAAGAGGAAAAAGCGGGCGAAGCACUCGGUUGUGGCGCAACACGAAGCCAUCCUCCGCCUGCACAGGGGUUCCAAGGCCAGUGGACCACAGGUCCUGCCCGAAGGACUGCAUGCGCUGCCCGCCGGUCUAUUUCCGCGGCAAUUGGCCACGCGAAAUCCACCUAUUAAGCGAUCCGGCCUCAGUCGCGAUGGUCGAGGCGGUGGCGGUGGCGAUGGCGUGAUCCUUACCAGCCGUGGCAAGCCACCCAUCUCGUCCACCAUGCCGCUGGGGGUGUUUCUAUAAACUAAAAGUUCUCCGUUUGUGAUUAGUAGAGGUUUACGUUUUAAAUUAAUGUGUUUUUUAAAUUAAAUGUACCAGCAUUGGCAAUAAAGGGCGUUUUCAUUCAUCCUA